CUUCCAUAACCUCACAAAAAAAAUUUUUUUGUUUUCUUUUUGCACCAUUUCAUGUUUUUCUUUUUUCACACGUUAAUAGAUAAAAUGACGAAACAUUUCGAUCGUUUGACAUACGACAAUAAACUAAUUUUAGCCCCCAUGGUGCGAGUGGGCACCCUACCAAUGAGGCUCUUGGCCCUACGCUAUGGGGCCGACAUCGUUUACACCGAAGAACUUAUAGACUGGAAGUUUCUUAAAUCUGUGCGAAUAGUCAACGAAGCUCUUGGUACAAUUGAUUAUAUUGAUAAGUCGGAUGGCACAGUGGUCUUUCGGACCUGUAAUGAAGAAAAAGAUAGGGUGGUUGUACAAAUGGGCACCUGUGACCCUCAGAGGGCUUUAAAAGUUGCUAAAAUGAUAGAAAAUGAUAUAGCUGGUAUAGAUAUAAAUAUGGGUUGUCCGAAAGAGUUCUCCCUUAAGGGAGGAAUGGGUGCUGCUUUACUAACUCAACCUGAAAAAGCCAAGGCAAUUCUCACAACUUUAGUACAAAAUGUAAAUAUUCCCAUUACAUGUAAAAUUAGAGUUUUUGAAAAUGCUGAAAGAACCAUUAGUUUGGUAAAAGAGUUGGCUUCCACUGGAAUUUCUGCAAUAGCAGUUCAUGGAAGGACAAAACAAGAGAGGCCACAACAUUUAAACAGGAAUAGCACAAUUAAAGCCGUUGCUCAAGAAGUGGAUAUACCUGUGAUAGCUAAUGGGGGUUCAAGAGAAAUCGAUAGAUACAAUGACAUUUUGGCCUUUAAAAAGUCUUGUGGAGCCAGCAGUGUAAUGGUAGCAAGAGCAGCUGAAAGCAACUGCUCAAUAUUUUGCAAAAGUGGAGUCAAGGACUUGGAAGUAGUCAUAAAAGACUAUUUGAAAUUGGCCAUAGAAUAUGAUAACUCCCCAAGCAAUACCAAGUACUGUGUUCAAAAUAUGCUGAAGGAAUUACAAGAGACCCCUAGGGGAAAAAAGUUCUUAGAAUGUCAAACUUUGGAGCAAAUUUGUUCAAUAUGGGGCUUAGGCGAAUUCUGCAGAAAAAAGCAGUUGGAGUUUCAGUCCAAGGGCAUGUUGGGUCGAAGAGAGGUCACACCGGAUAUGUUCACUGACAGGCCAAAUAAGAAAAUUAAAAUGCAGGAUGAUGAUCAUGAUGUUUUUCAGCUGAAAUGUGCAUUUAUUAGGGUGAAUUUUGCCAAAGACAUCGACUUGCCCAAGAGCAAAUUAAUAACAUAUUGUGGGAGGAACAAAAUUAAAGUGCCAACAUAUCAAAUUAUUCAUGAAAAUAAACUUUUUAGGGCAGUGGCCACCCUUGAAGGGAGAAAAUACAGUUCAACUUAUUGGGAGAAAAAUAAGAGAUUCGCUGAACAGGGAGCAGCCUUAGCGUGUUGUGUAGGAUUAGGAUUGAUUGAUAAGCAGAGUUUAAUAGAUGAUGGGAGUAUUUUAGAAUAAAGUUGUUACUUGUUUUAAA